AUGACGCUCAAUUAUAGCCCAUAUAUUCGCGAAAAUUAUCAAUUUCUUCAACAAUUAGCUAAGACUAGUUCGGAUAAAAAGAAAAAUUCGAUAAUCCUAAAAGCUAGUGCUGAUCAAAUUUUAGCCAUCGUUGAAAUUUGUGCCAACGUACUAAAACAUAAUUUUAUACUAAAUAGGAGGCAAAGGCAGAAGCUAGCUAAGUUUGCAGAUUUUUAUCGCAAAAUAGCUAGAACAAGAACCGAAAAAAGUGCUCGCAAACGUUUACAAGAGGGAGGCAGCCCAGCACUCGCAGCAAUACUCGUACCUAUACUAGGUGCCCUAGCAGAACAUAUCAUCCAUAAAAUCACGGAAUGAAGCACACA